CGCCUUUUAAACCUGCGAAACGUCAAACUCGUAGCAGCCUACUACUACUACCUGCAACGCAAACAUCAACCUUGCCGGGAUAUUAAAGUGCUCGUUGUACGGCAUGCACCUUGCUCGUAAUAUUAUUUCGAACAUUUCGUGCGGCAGAUGGUCGAAAGACGAGUCGCACCGAAGAAACACUCGAACUCUUAUCCGCGCUAAGUUAACGUGUCUCGAAAUUCCUUUACACAGUGAGAAAUCAAGACAUAUUGUUUUUUCAUGUCAUAUAUCUUUUGACAUUACUAAAUACUUUUCAUAAGAGUAUCGUCACUCUUCGACGAUUCUCCGGUGGAUUUAUCAACGUAUCCUCCCGUGCAAAUGCGUUUCUUAUUCAUAAUGGACCAUAUGAAAAGUACAAGCAUGUAUGUAAACAUGAAGAUCGCAAGACAUUCGCAUAUUGCCUGCAAUUGCUAUUUUCAGGGGACAAUGUGGAACUUCCAGAAGUUUUGGCUACUAUAAAUUCCUUAGCAAACAAAUAACGUAAAGUUAUUGAGAUGGACUCUCCGCCAUCAUGUUCCCUAAGCGCUACUGGACCUCUUAGUGAUCUUGGUAGCAGUGGAAUUGGAGGGUCCAUUUCUAGUGAUUCAGUCCGAGCGCAUCUUGCAAUUGAGAUGCAAGAAAGUGACAUAGAGAGCAAAUCUCUGUCACAAGAUUCAUUUGAUUAUUCGGAUGGCAUGUGCGGUGAAAAUUUUAAUACACUGAAGAAAGGACCAGGAUGGACUGAUGCCGAUGGAAAACUAGAAGUUGAAGUGGUUGACGUAGCUAUUAAACCUCCGCCAGAGUUUCAAGAUAGCCCUUCUCCUCCUAACUCUGAAUCUUCGUCUGCACCGAUUCUUAGCUAUGCACGAUUAAUGAGACAGAAAGUUCCGCAAUUAAUAGAUGAUUAUGCUGAGAAUUUAAUACAAUCAGCGAUCGAGGAAGCAUUACUAAUAUCUUGUAGAAUAUCGUGGCCGGAAGGGCGAAUAGCGCCUACGGCGCACCACGUACCGGUGGUAACACGUAGCGUGUACAAUCAGAAACGUCUUUGGGCAACGGAUCUGUUGACACCCUCGUCAUGCCAAGGGGCUACUACCCUGAUGACUCCGUACAACACAUUGAAUCGUCCAAAUUCACGAUGCUCUUUAGCCUCUUCACGUUUGUCCAGUUCUCACAAUUCGAUAAAUACCUCAGGACUGAGUCACAAAGUAGACGACAGCAGUUUCAUCACUUCUGCGAUGUCGCACGACGUUUUAACGACCAGUGAGAUCAGUGAUAUGUACAAUGUGCCCUUUGAUUCAGACAUUUAUACUGUACCAAUAGAUGUAGUUAGACCUUUGCACGAUCUUCGAACGCCGCAAAGGCCUAAACGUCAUAGGCAUCAUCGUAAGAGGAGAAGAAACGUAUCGGCCAGUUCUCAGAGUGAACUAGAAGCCCAUAUUCAACAGGCUAGGCAUUAUUGUGGGAAACCUCGGGCUAUAACCCACGUUAUCAAGUCGCAGAGACUAUUGUCCGACGUGUGCUGCAACGAAAGCGGAAACGGGAAGCGCCACAGCGUCCCGGGUACAUCUGGCCGGCAUACGUCGCGGACGUCUAACGGCCAUAUGCACAAUAUCGGUGAACCAAUUCAUAUGACUCUACACGAAGUGCGUCAAUAUUUGCAAACACUAUACUCGAGCUCCAGUGAUUCUAGUGAAAAUAAAAUAAAACGCGAUAAUAAAGCUCCGAUAAGUCAUACACCCGUACACCUUGCAAUGCCGAAAGGCAUUAGUGUAAAUAAUAACAAUAGGUAUAGUAACCCGCAUACAGAUCCAGCAAUGGACACUCCGAUUUCAAACAAAAAUAGCAAUGGACUGAUUCAUAAUAACAAUAAUAAUAAUAAUAACAAUAACAAUAAUAAUAACGGUAAUGUUAAGAAGCAUAAAAAGAAUUCGUUCGUUAGUAUUAAACAUAAAAAGGUGAAAGAAGAGCCGCACAAAGAGAAGGUCGAUUCCGAGAGGGAGAAGAUGAAGAAGAGUCAGCGGAACUUCUCGUUAAAUUUGAAGCAGACACUUUGCAAUAUCUUUAGAUUCAGGCGUUUGGGUUCCCCGGACCAUUUCGUAGAGAAGAGAAAUAGCAUUGUACAGGGUGAAAUUGUAGAAGAAGAGGAGGGCGUCGAUUCAGACCAACAUGCUAAUAAUAAUAAUACUACCUCGGAGGUAGAUCCCUCUGUGCAAAAGCUACCUUUUUUUAAGCGCGCGUUACCGCCUUUGCCGAAAAGUAAUGGACACGUGGGUGGCGUGGAACAGGCGGAAGACGCGCUCACAACGAUGGUAUCCAAGUGCGAGAGUCCCACCUCUGUACCACCUCCAAUGCCACCGCCUCCACCAAAAGUCGAGGACGAACCAGCGGAGGAUACCAGUAUGGAUUUCGCAGCUAGCAUUGAGAAAGUAAAAGAUUAUGGAUGGUAUUGGGGCCCAAUAUCUGGCGAGGCUGCAGAAAAGAUAUUGUCUAACGAGCCAGAUGGAUCGUUCAUCGUACGAGACAGCAGCGACGAUCAUUAUAUUUUCUCCUUAUCAUUCAGACUUAACAGUUGCGUGCGACAUGUGAGAAUAGAACAUGAUCAGGGUAAUUUCAGCUUUGGAAGUUGCACGAAAUUUAAAUCUCACACGAUCGUCGAUUUCAUCGAGAAUGCUGUAGAACACUCGCGUAGUGGACGUUAUUUGUUUUUUCUACAUCGGCGGCCAGUGUUAGGUCCGAUGCGUGUGCAACUUCUUCAUCCGGUAUCAAGAUUCAAACAAGUUCAAAGCUUGCAGCAUACGUGCAGAUUCGUUAUUUUGAAGAUGGUACGCAGGGAUCUUAUUCCCACUCUACCUCUGCCCCGGCGGCUGAUCGAUUACCUGAGCACGCCGCAUUACUACAGUGAGCAAUUAGCCGAACAAGACGACAGAGCUGAAUCUCCUGUUAGUUCUUCAACUGGCGAAUUAGAGAAGAUUUGUUUCACACCGCAAGGCCUAUCGUGAGGUACAAAUACAUAAUCUUUUUGUUCAUGGUUUUUGUGAAAUACUUGCCAAAUGUUUAGUACACAUAGUUUAAUAGUUAAGAGAAGUUCUACGCAGUUUUCGUUCAAAUAUCAUUUCGUUAAACGACGUUACGAUUAAAUAUGAACAUAACUGGUCUCUACAUACACAUUAUACAUUGAUUAAAAUCUUAAGCAUAAUAUUUAACAUCUUUUUGAAAAGAAGGGUAAUCCGUUCCACGCAGUUCGUAUAUAGAAUUAUGAACGAUAUAGUUAAUUGAAUAAAAAUACUAAAAAAAAAUUAUAAGACAAAAAAUAAUAUGAGUUCAUAGAUGAUUUUUGAUCGAAGUUAAUAUUGAUUUCUCAUUAAACGUGUACAGACAAAUUAUGAAUUGAUCUAUUACUUCGUGAAAUGAUUUUAAGAGCACUUAUAGAUUUCAACAGAUACAUUUAAGUUCCUGUUGAUUAUUUUCAAAUAAUAAUACUAAUAUUCCACAUGAUGCGAUGAAUGUAUAAUAUUCAUAUAUAAUAAUGCAAAGCAGUGAUGGAAUAACUCCUUCUUAUGUGCCAUGUACCUUACAUUGCUCGUUUUAUUUCGGUACUAAAACCACGAUGCUUACGUUUUGUAAUUACAUCUUUGCCAGAGAUUAUUCGAUUUCUAUAAAAUUCUGGAACACUCGUUUUAAUACAAACGAGAAUGUGAAUAUAGUUAAUCUACAUCCUACAUUUGAUGUUCAAUUUUAUUGAAUGAUCAAUAGAGUCAAUACAUCAUUUCUAAAUACAAUGCACGUACAAGCAAUUUACGAGGAAAGGGUUGUAGGCUAACGUUAUUAUUAAGGUAUAAUCUGGCAUAUAUAAAAAUCAGUUAUUGUGUCUGUCAACUGUAGAAAAUUACAAUAUUAAUCAGUUCAACAUGUUGUUGUAUCGUGUUUUUAAGUUUAGAAUGUAGUUGCCACAGACUGAUUAACUUAGAGGAAAUAUUCAACGAACUAAUGGAAUCAUAAUGCAGUAUAAAUAUUUUCAUUCAAGCAUCAAUCGUAUUUUCCGCAUAAAUUAAUUGUUAUGAUCAGUUUGAAGAAUAAUCUUUGGAUGGAACGCAAUUUAAUGAUUUAGAUUACUUUACGAUGUAAAUACUUUUAUGUACAUUGCUUCAUUUUAAAGAAUAAUUGAAUAAUCGGGAAGUUUGUAAAUUCCUGACAUAUUAGAAAUAUAUAUUUUGUGAUCUUUUAAGUCAAUGAAAAAUAAUCUAUGUGCAAUUUUUUAAAUGUAUU